AUGGAAAUCAAUAAACCCUUCAUCAUUACAAGACGACAAGGUGACUCUCUGUUGCCUCCUGACUGUGAAGAAUUCAAUGAGGCUAUCGAGGAUAAAAUUAGGUUUUUGCAAAGUUCGAAUAUAUUCAUAAUUUGUGCAUUUAUAUAUUAGUGCAUCAGAUUCCUAUACUAUUUCAUCCAUUAUCGAACCACUUGUUACACAUAUGCAAUACUGUGUUUAGUUAUAGUUGGAGGAAACAUUUUCUGGAUUGCAAGUUCAACCUACGGAUUUCUUGGCAUCAAUUCAAGGUCCUCCUCAGAAAUUGGAAAGUACCUCUGUUUGACAUCAACCGUCCUAGCUAUUCGCUUAAUUACAUACUUUUUGGUUUGGGCACUCAUGCAAGGAUAUGCUUAGCAAUACAAUAUUUUAUCUAAGACUCGAUUGCUCCAGGAAAAUUCAACAGCUACUACUUAAUAGACACCAAUUCCUACAGAAAUUACUGAAGACCAGAAGCAAGAAAUCAUUUGCGGAUAACUGUAUUAAGGAACUUUAAUGAUGGUUUAAGCUAUCAUUGAAACAAUCUUCUUAGGAGUCAUUAUCUAUUUUGUUGUGCAGGUCAAAAAGUAUAUAACAAACUACGAAAGUAAUUAAAAAAAAAAAUAAAGGACAUGGAAUCUAUAAGCUUCCAUCGUUUGA